AUGUCUGAUGGCCCGCAUUCUCAUUCUCGCCACGGCCACGUUCACGACCACGACCACGAUCACAAGCACCAAGAGGAACACGACUUCGCCGCUGCUAAUGCUAAAUAUUUUGACGAGAAUGUCCAUAAAUUCGAGCAGCAUCCCUUUGCGAAAGAGCUUGCCAGCAGGCAGUUAACCGCGUACCUCGGCGCAUACCCAUUCGACGAAGAGAAGACUGUCAUGAUGGACUUCGCCUGUGGGAUAGGCAUGGUGUCCAGGGAGCUUGCACCGUACACCAAGCAGAUAGUAGGGAUCGAUAUCAGCCAAGGCCUCGUCGACGAGUUCAACCUGCGAGUCAAUAAUCAGGGGCUUACCCCUGAUGAAAUGAAAGCCGUCUGCGUCCAUCUCAAAGGCGUGGAAGGCGAGCUAGAUAACCUGAAGUUCGAUGUCAUUAUCUGCGGCAUGGCAUAUCACCAUAUCCAAGACAUUGCGGGGACUACGCAGACCCUGGCAUUCUUCUUGAAGCCUGGGGGCGUUCUCCUGGUCAACGACAUGCUCGAUGUCGACGAUAUCACAGACAACUUCAAAGAUUUGAAGAAACAGGCUGACUUCGAACACGUCGUCGCUCAUAAACAUGGAUUUGACGAGCCAACGAUUCGAAAAGUCUUCGAAGAUGCUGGCCUCGUCAAAUUUGAGUUGAAUAUCAUAGCUAAGGCCAAGUACCAUAAAUUCCCUACCAAGAUAUUCAUCGCGAAGGGCACCAAACCUGAGGCUUAA